GUGCCGGCCCAACCAGGCUUCCCCGGCGAAAGUGGAUUCACAACUCACGAGAUGAGAGCUGAGCUGAGAAUCCUCAACAAAGCUCUGGAAGAGUUUUUCGAGAAAUGCAGGUUGGUGUGCAAGGGCGGCUCGGGCGCUGGUGGGAUUAAAAUCGAUGGCAUAGGGAAAAUCACCUUCAGGACGGAGGAAUCAGGGGAGGCAAUCAAUGUCGAGGCAGACUUAACGACACUGGUGGAGAACUUUUCCAAACUACAAAUCUCUGCUGCCGUAACAAGUGUAGAGGCGAUCCAGGACGAUUUGGAUAAGAUAGUGGCAAAGCUGAUUGCACUGAAAGCGUUACUUGAAGAAAUCAAGGGUGGGAAGGACAUGUUGAUGCUAGCGCUGGAGGCCAUAAUCGAGAAGUACAAGAAAGUCACGAUCAUUGAGAUUGAUAUUAAAGGCUCAGGCGGAGGAGGCAUCCCAAGCUUAGAUCAGAUCCUGGUGUUGGUUCGAAAGGAGAACGCCCACCUCGUAGCCCAGUUUGAGGCUGAAUGGAAGGCAAAAGUAAAAUUUCCAUAG